GGAUUAGGGGAAAGAAAUCAAAAUGGCGACGUGGAUAACGUUACAUCCUCCUUAUCCACGCUUCAUGCCACCACCAUCCUCGCCUUCGUCGCCUCAUUCAUCCUCGUCGCGUCGACAUUACCGUGCUCUUUUCAAACCAUUUCGAUGCACUCCACUUCAGCAACAAGAACGCCAGCUCGAUCAGUCGCAGGGAGACGAAGAAGAGGGGGCUGUGAUUAUGUGUGAGGACUGUAACGGGAAAGGAUGGUUGCUCUGCGAUUUCUGCAAAGGACAGAAAACUAAUGUUAAAUCUGAGAACAAGAAAAUCUAUCGUCGCUGUCCCACUUGUAGAGCUGUGGGAUAUGUGUUGUGCAAAAGGUGUAAAGUGUUCAAAUGUGUCACGUUUCCUAAUUUAGAAGAUGGAGAUGAGCUUUUGUUCUAAGCUAUCCUUCAGUGACCCAUUUUGAGUUUCAUUUUCAGCUUGAAAACUAUCAGUCAUGGACGUACACACCGACGGUUUUUUAUGAUUCGAAUGCAUAUGGUUGUUCUUGCUAAUAUGCUACUGGAUCUUGUUGUAUUUUUCUUUAAUAUGAUCUGUAACUAUUCCAUCUGUUGUUAUAUAUAACUUACUCUUCUUCUUCUUACUCGCCAAGCUCAAACAUCCAAUUUAGCCUUUUGUAUAAACACAUUUGUAAUUGUUAAACAUUAAUCUGAUAAGUAACUGCAUUGCCU